AAUUGAUGUACCGUUUUUGGCAAAAGCAUCAUGAUGUGUCGUUUAAACUAGCAAUCAAGAAAUCGAUUAUCGAAAACCAUGUCGUCUAGAUCUAGAGAAUCGAUUAGUCAAAACACGUGUUUUUAUUUGUUGUGAAAAAUUGCCUCGAAUUUUAUUUAAUUUACAGUCAAAUCGUCGAAUCUAAAACCAAAACAUGGAGGAAGAAGGUCCACCAGAAGCUACCAUCGAUUUUGUACCAGCCAUUUGUUUUGUACCACGCGGAAUAGCCAAAGAGAAACCGGACAAAAUUGUUCUCACACAAGAGGAACUGGCAAGGGUGAUUAAAGACACAAAAGACCGAUUGGAUAGCGACGAGGAUGAUGAUGGUGAGGACGAUGGCGAGGAAAAUGAACAGCAAAACGAUAUGGAUGUAGAUGGCGAGGAAAGUGAUGGCGCUGGGGAGGAUGCUUCAAAUGGAAUUCGCAAUCCCAAUGAUGAGUUUGGUUUCGAGCAAUAUGAUACUGAAGGCAAUAUUCGAGUAGCGGAUAUUGGCAACAUAGUGGACCCGGAUCAUCAAUUGCCCGACGAAGACGAUGACUCGGAGGCUGAGGACGAAAUCAUAAAGCCCACGGACAAUUUGUUGCUUGUGGGUCAUGUUCAAGACGAUGCUGCCAGCAUGGAGGUUUGGGUUUUCAACGAAGAGGAGGAAAGUUUGUAUACCCAUCAUGACUUUUUGCUGCCCAGCUUUCCACUAUGUAUUGAAUGGAUGAAUCAUGAUCCUGGCAGUGAUAAGCCGGGAAAUAUGUGCGCCAUUGGAUGCAUGGAUCCCAUCAUUACUGUAUGGGAUUUAGAUAUACAAGAUUCAAUUGAACCCACCUUCAAAUUGGGUUCAAAAGGAAGUCGCAAAAAGCAUAAGGAGGCCUAUGGCCACAAGGAUGCCGUUCUUGAUUUAUCCUGGAAUCGUCAUUAUGAACAUAUACUUGCAUCGGGCUCUGUCGAUCAGACACUGAUAUUAUGGGACAUGGAUGAGGGUCAGCCUCAUACCACAAUAACAGCUUUUGAGGAGAAAGUGCACAGCAUUGAAUUCCAUCCUGAGGAAGCGCAGAGUAUUUUGACGGGUAGUGCCGAUGGUGUGGUACGUUUGUUUGACUGUCGUGACCCAGAAUUUGUAAAUGCCUCAUUUGUUAAAUGGCAAACGCCGGGUGAAGUGGAAAAGGUCUUAUGGAAUUGCACAGAUGCCAAUUAUUUUAUGGUGGGCUCUAAUGAUGGUUCAUUACACUAUGCCGACAAAAGGCAGGCCAAUAAGCUGCUGUGGUCCUUCAAAGCUCAUGAGGAAGAAAUUUCAGGCAUUUGUUUCAAUUCAGAGGUAAAAAAUUUACUGGCCACCACUUCCACCGAAGGUUUUCUCAAAAUCUGGAACUUUAAUGCAACGGAGAUAAAACCUGUAUACUCACACGAUUUCAAAAUGGGCCGCUUGCAGUGUAUGAAACAGUGUCCUGAAGAUCCUUUCACAUUGGCUUUUGGUGGCGAAAAGCCACCCAGAUGCAGAGUGUUUAACAUUAAGAAUUUUGCUGGUGUACGUCAAGUAUUCGGGUUAGGUGACGAAAAUCCAGAGUAGAAUAUAACGCAGGCGUUUUCCAAACUAUAAAUUUUACAAAAAAAAAACUUUGUAUAAUGUAUUUAAAUAUUUUUAUUUUUUUAUAGAAAAUAAAUGUAAAUUUUAAUGUGAAUUGAUAUAAA